AUGUGGUUCAAGCUUAGCUCGAAAUGCGGAACUGAUGCCUCCAUGCUACCCACUGAAAUCAGGGACAUCAUGACGGGGGAUUUGAAUUAUCCGAGUGGUGUUCUAUUGAAGGCCGCUAGAGCUCUUCAACCCGAUAUACCAAUUCAAGACAUAUGUGAAAUUGCAGAAGCCACUCGGGCUGAGCUCAAGCGAGCAGAUGAUAAUUCUCCUUAUCCUGAGGUCCGGGCUUGUGUGGACGCGUCUGAUGACCCUACGAUGCCGACCAUGACUUUUAGAGUUUGGAUCAUCGGAGCAGCAUCAGUAGCUGUGACCGCCGUCUUCAAUCAGUUCUUUCAAGCUCGAGAACCUGAACUAUACCUGCCUGCGACGGUAAUGCAGGUGAUCGCCUUUCCUCUGGGCAUUUUGAUGGCAAAAAUCAUCCCGACGCGAUCCUUUCAUUUCGGGCGACGAUCCUUCACUUUGAAUCCUGGUCCCUUCAACAUCAAAGAACACGCGUUGAUCACUAUCAUGCUGAACACGUCCGGAACACCCUAUGCAACAAGUAUGAUUGCUGUACUCAGACUCAAACGGUUUUACAAUAAUCCCACUCUUGGUAGCAAACUGGGAUUUCAAAUAUCUCUAUUGGUCAGUACACAGCUGAUGGGAUAUGCGUUGGCUGGAGUCACAAGAAGCUUCCUAGUCUAUUAUCGGGAAAUGGUUUGGUGGGAGAUUCUUCCUCAGAUCUCCAUAAUACGAGCCUUACACGUCAAAAGUAGUCGAUCCCCAGUCCAUGGAUGGAAGAUAACGCCUAUGAAAUUUUUCUUCGCUUGCACACUCAAAAUUUCCCCAGACUUCAUACUUCCAAGUGUCUUCUUCGAGAGUCUCUCCUACUUCAAUUGGACAACCUGGAUUGCGCCGGAUAAUGUCAAGCUAGCCCUCAUCACCGGCACAGUCAGCGGGCUGGGUAUGAAUCCAUUUCCGACCUUGGACUGGAAUAUCAUGUUUGAUGAUCCUAUCAUACAACCACUAUGGACAAUUACCAAUACAUACAUUGGUACUCUAUGUGCCUCGGUGAUUAUCAGUGUGAUAUACUUCAAGAAUUGGCUGUUUACAUCGUACCUACCGAUCAAUACUAGUGUGGUUUUCGACCGACAUGGGAAGCGUUACAACGCCAGCAGACUCCUUGAUACGAUGGGUGGAUUCGAUCAGAAUGCGUACGAAGCAUACAGCCCACCCUUCAUGUCUGCGUCUCAGACUUUAUAUUAUGCCGGGUAUUUCGCGGUCUACCCCACUGUAGUGAUAGAAUCACUACUUCAUCAUCGCAAGUUCAUCUCCGAAGGGCUCUCUCACUAUUGGGCCUUGUGUAAAAAUAACUUUAAAGGCGAUUCCGAGCAAAAGUCAGCAGUAAAGCCAAGAUAUGUGAAUGACAUACAUUAUCGACUUAUGCAAUCCUAUCCACUAGCUCCUAAUUCUUGGUUUGUGGUGAUUGGUGUAUUUUCUAUUGCUCUUGCAAUCUUUAUGAACGAAUUUUACGACACUAAGUUACCAAUUUGGGGUCUUGUUUCAAGUUCAGGAUCCGAUCUGACCAUAUCAAAUGUGACAGUUCGAGCCGGAGCAGAUAUACCAGUCCAUCUUAAUGUGCUGGCAGAGCUGGUGGGCGGGUAUAUUUUUCCUGGCCGGCCUCUUGGCAACAUGCUCUUCAAAACUUACACCACUCAGACUGUAAUGCAAGCUCAUUCGUUUGCUGCAGAUAUGAAGCUUGCCCAUUACAUGAAACUACCUCCGCGGGCGGUCUUUAUCUGUCAAACAGUUGCGACGGUAUUCUCGAUGCUCCUAGCUAUUGCAGGUACUACAAGAUCUCACAGCAUCUUGUUUGCCGAAAAAGUGCUUCGAUCAUUUAUGGCGCCGUGGGACCAGCGCGCUUAUUCACUCAAACUGGGGCACUUUAUCGAUAUUGUCUCUAUGGGUUUCUCAGUGGCCUCACUCUCGCUUGAGAUACAUGAAAAUACUCGUUAUUACCCUGGUCUCAGCCUGGCAAACGUCACCCCAAUGUUUGCACUAGCUUUGUUCUUUCAGGGUUACUUAAAGCGAUGGUACUUGAGUUGGUAUGAGAAAUAUGCAAUUGUCGCUGGCAGUGGGAUACCAGCCGGUAUAGCGAUCUUUGGCUUAGUAUAUGUUAUUGCAUUCAAAUUAAAUGGACAAACGUAUGACUGGUAUUAUGAAUGGACCGAUUUUUCAAUAGGUUGGAAAUACUAUCUAUCAAGCUGGGUGCGAUGGUAA